AUGAUGGCUAUGAAGGGGGACUGGCCUAUCUUAGCAAAGGUUGGUUUGAUGGAGAGAUUUUUUGGGCGCAAAACACGGUCAAAUGCAGCGAAUGCAGGCGGCAUUUGCCACCUUUGCUUAGGAGGGCAGGAUGGUUUCCCGUAUCACGACUUUUCAGCUGAAGCAAGGUGGCGUACCACGUACCUACGUCAUGAUCCUUUCAAAGGUGUGGGCCCACUAGCAUGCCUUCCCCAUCACAGUCCCAUGUUCUACCGCUUUGAUGUCUUCCAUUGCUGCCACAAGGGCAUCAUGGCAGAGUUGGCAGGAAGCGCGCUCGUCGUUUUGAUGGAUCUGGGAUUGGCUGGCGCUGGAGAUGUGCCAACGCAACUAACCGCGCUGUACAAUGAGAUGGUGACAUUUUGUUCCCGAAACAGAAUCCCGCUCCAUAUGACUGAUUUGACCCGCCAAUUGGUCAACUUGAUGAAGGAUGCGGAUUACCCCUGCGGGGCAUGGUUCAAAGGAGCCGACACAAGUGCUGCUUGCCGCUUCCUUGAGUUUCGCUAUGCCCAGCUGGAACCCCAAGCGUAUACGCAGGCGAUAUACGAAGCUAUUUGCUCUGCUAACCAGUUUCUCAGGGGGCUAUAUGGGCAUGGCUUGUGGAUCCGAGCAUCCGAUGCUCAAAUGAUCCAAGCUUCUGGCCUGAAAUUUGUUUCCCAGUAUGUUACGGCAGCUCACCACGCACUGGUUUUGGAAAAGACACGGUUCAAGCUUGCACCGAAACUGCAUGCCCUCCUUCACAUCAUACAGUAUCUGCGGGAUGAGUUGGCUACUGGUGCUCAAUGGGUUCAGAGCCCUAUCCAGUGGUCUACACAGCAAGACGAGGACUUUGUGGGAAAAAUCUCAAAGUUGAGCCUCGCAGUCUCCAGCCGCACGGUGCACGCUCAGACCAUGGCCAAAUACGCCACAAAUUUCUGGGAGCACUGGAAGGAUUGGAAGUCGUAG